AUGGCUAAUAGAAAGGUGUUAACGGAACUUUUAGGAAUAAAAUACCCUAUUUUACUAUCCCCAAUGGCGGGAGUGUCUACGCCGGAACUGGCCGCAAUUGUAUCUAAUGAAGGAGGUUUGGGUUCUCUAGGUUUAGGUGCUAGCCCAGUGGAAAAGUCUAGGGAGGCAAUAUUCAAGACGCAGUUGUUGACAGACAAACCCUUUCAGGUCAAUUUUUUCUGUCAUGAACAGGAACCGUUGAAUAAAACGGCAGCAAACGGAUGGACUUCCUUCAUGGAACCAAUCUUUGGUAAGUUCGGAGCUACUCCAAAGAAGGAACUAAAAAAGAUUUAUAAGAGUUUUUUGGAAGAGCCGAAGAUGCUAGAAUUGGUGCUAGAUACGAAACCAAAAGCCGUUAGUUUCCACUUUGGUGUUCCAUCGAAGGAAAUAAUUCAAGAACUUAAAAGGGCCAACAUUGUCACUAUGGCUACUGUAACACAGAUAAGUGAAGCUAAUGUUGCUCGCCAAGCAGGAAUUGAUAUAUUAGUUGCCCAAGGUGUGGAAGCGGGGGGUCAUCGAGGGAUGUUCAACCCUUCCGUUGAUCCAGGCAUUUUGACAAAAGAUCUGGUAAUGUUGCUUGUUAGCAAGAUUGGUGAUCCUUAUGGAAUACCAAUUGUAGCUGCAGGUGGGAUUAUGAGAGGUAGGGAUAUCAAAGAGAUGUACAGACUUGGUGCUGAUGGAUGUCAAUUAGGGACAGCUUUCAUUCAAUGUAAGGAAUCUGGGGCAAGUGAAGCCUAUAGAGAAGCACUAUUCAAACCAAAAAUUAUUACCCAGAUUACUGACAGUAUUUCUGGACGUCCUGCCAGAGCAAUUUUCAAUAGCUGGCAUUCCGAGGUUGACAUACCGAGCAGACCGCAAAGACCUUGUUAUCCGAACGCCUAUGAUUUGGGGAAGCAGCUUCAUUCGGUCUCAAGCUCAGUAGAAAAUUCCAACACCAACAAUCCGUCUUCUUUUGGUAUACACUGGGCUGGCUCAAAUGUUAUCAAGAGUAGAAGACUAGAUGCAUCAAAACUCUUCCAAACGCUCGUCCAAGAGAUUGACGAAUAA